AAAAUGGACAAAGAAGCUUUGGACAAGAACGGGCUCAAUGAGAAAGAAGUGCAGGAAUUAUUGAAAGCUACCUCUGAAAAGUCAAUGAAUAAGAUCAUUCAUGAAACAGAAAUGCUCAAAUCCCAAGCUCAAGUGAAUGAUAUGAAUAUUGAUCUCAAAGAGGUUGAGAACUUCUUGCAGGAAAUUAGCCCAGGCCAGAGAACAACUAUUGAGAAAAGUGACCUUAAGAGGUACCUUGAGAAAUUUCCAAAGAAGUAUUCUCCAAAAGAAAUCAACUUCCUCAUGAACGGGCAAAAGGAAAUGGACGCUAAGACACUGCAUGAAUUAUUAACAACAACAAGUAUUGAGCCUUUUGACCCAAUUGAAGAAGCCUUUAAGUUACUUGACGUUGAAGGCAAGGGCUUUCUGACAGUAGACACUUUCAAAACUAUCUUCUCUAAUCUUGGAUUCGGUGAGAUCACCCCCAGCGAUGAGGAUAUUUUCAAAGAAGUAGCAGAUUUCGAUGGAGACGGAGUUAUCAAUCUCGAAGAUUUCAAAAAAAUUUUAGUCUCUUAUCAAGCUCCAGAAGAGGAAGUAAAAGAAUAAGUAAAUUUCAAUAUUUUUACAUAAAA